GAUGUUUGCUAAAGGCACAACCAUACACAAAUCUCUCCUUGUCCCUCUCGUUGCUCUACAAGCACCUCAAGACGUCAUCUCAUGGACAAAAGGUGACUAUGGUCAGUGGACCGCUUUUCUUGGGCUUCUUCUGCGUCUGCUAUCCUUGCUUCCAGGUGAACUGGAGCUUCCCUUGUCAACGAUGCUGUUUGUUAGCAUUGCUCCUUACCAAUUUAUGAACUUGAGGGGCACUCAAGACUCUGUAAUACUGUCAUUGGCAAUAGCAGCUUAUCUCGCGUUUCAGCAUUUCACCGGGGCCGGAGGCGUGAGGAAGGCCUUCGACCGUGGAGCGGUAGUUGCAACCUUGUGCAUCAUCUGCAUCACGCUUAUCCCCCUCCUGUUCUUGCUCUGAUUCCGGUGAGGCGUAUGAUAAAGCCUUGCUCCUCUCAACUUUUGGAGGCGUGGAGGUGAAUUGCAGGAUGCUGAGAAGCUGCAGAAAACAAAGGAAGUUCUUUUUUUUUUGUGGGGAACAAAGGAAGUUCUUGUGUUGCAUGAUCCAAGUCCUACAUAACCUGCAGCCUUUUCCUUAUUGAAAGCAACUUAUGAUUCAUCUACUGCUUUAAGCUUUUAAGCAUUUCAUGUAGUAGUAUGUAUGGCAUGAUGAUGUGAAUGUGAUAUAUGGUCAGUCAAAGUUUUCUCU